AUGGUGCUAACCGACGAGCAACGCAAAGCGAUCGUCAACUGGCUCUCGGUAGUGCAAAAGGACGAAAGCAAGCGACCGAAUAUCCGCUUUGGCUCCCGUCCACUGCCUGCCUCUUUGAAACCUGCACUUGACCACCUUGCCUACGUUUUUGCCGACCUUAUUCUGACCGACCAAGAUUGCUUCCUUUCAGAAAAGGGCUCUGAAGCGCUUCUGCGGCUAAUACCGGACACGCGCAUCGUCGAGACUCUGCGGAACGACUGGGCAGGCGAGUCCUCGGGCUCUGCAGCAAAGUGGCAAGCCUUCAAAGCCCAAAUCAAGACCUACAAGAAGGAUUCGUCAGCACGUGCGCAAUUAAUUGCUGCGAUGGAAGACAUCAUUCUCCGAUACACUUACCCACGGCUCGACGAGAACGUGUCGAAGAAACGAAACCAUUUGCUCAAAGCGCCCUUCUGUGUCCAUCCAAAGACUGGUCGUACCAAUAAUCGGUUCAUCGACAAGAAGUUCUCUGAAAGUCGAAAGCCGCGCAACCGGAGAGAGCAGCCUAACGACAAGGAGUUGCGCGAGCUCGGGAUUGACAUUGACUGGUGGGCAGAGCUGCAGAAGGACAACACUUCAAAGAAUGUGUUGCGCGAUAUUUUGCGAGAGCAGCGAAUAUUGGUUGCGAAUGGCGGGAAAGCCCCGACUCCUCCGACCCGGAAGGAGCACAAGCCGAAGAAAUAUGUUCCGCGUCCAGAUUUAUGUCGUUAUCCACUGCCCCAAGCAAAAUAUCCCGACCUUCCUCGACUUGCGCAGCGGGUUCACAACGAGGACAAGCCCAAAAAGACCAAGGCCUUCUUCAAAGAAACGGACGACGUCCAAAACCUCGUUGAAGACUGGGUGGACUCGUUCAAAAAUUUCCCUCCUGAGGCCCAGGACAUUGAAUACGUGAGCAAGUUCCUGACGAAAGCGAUGGAUAGCAAACAGUUCACAGACACGAGCGUUGAGCGGACAAUUGCGGUAGUCAAGUGGUGGCUGGAGCUGUUGCGGCGGUGA